AUGGGGUCUUUCUGAUUUGUAUAUAUGCUUGUUUUAUGCAAAUUCCUUGUCCACAUUGUUAAAGCAAUACGACCGACCCGACUCUUCCAUCUCCUCCACUCUCAGUUGAGAAAGUUAUGGAAGGAGACAAGCAGGAAGCAAUAGAGAAGGAAGUGGCAAAGGUGACUGAUGUGAGCCUCAAAGAGCUAUCCAGGAAGCUUGAGGAGUUUGCCCUGGAAAGGGACUGGAUGCAGUUCCACAGCCCUAGAAAUCUGCUGCUUGCCGUGGUUGGUGAGGUGGGGGAGCUAGCAGAAAUAUUCAUGUGGAGGGGAGAAGUGGCAAAGGGGCUACCUAAUUGGGAGGAGUCUGACAAGGAGCAUCUUGGGGAGGAGCUUUCAGAUGUGCUGUUGUACCUAAUAAGACUAUCCGACAUCUGUGGCGUCGACCUCGGAGAAGCAGCCCUCAAGAAGAUUGUCAAGAACGCUAUAAAGUAUCCUGCAAAGGCUACAUGAGCAAUAUAAAUCGCUUACAUCCUGUGCUUGGCUACAGUUUCUGUUUGCUAGCAGUUCUAAAUACAUUCUCAGACUCUAAUCAUCUCUAUGCACGCCAUGGCAUCAAUGCGUGAUAAAAAAUUUUGGUAUGUGGUGGUUGUUUGCUGAAUCUACCAACUUUUCUUGCUCAA